AUGCUCGCAAUGGCGCAAAACUCCCUUACCAUUUGCUUGUCUAAAGCAGAACGUGACCAGAAAACACCCAAUCGGUGGACACUCGCCGUCAGCGCACACAUAGAGACCGGAUCUCAGACACCAUUAGAUGCUAUUAUAGACAUAACACUCGACGGCAAACCACUUGUGGCUAAACACAGCCAACAAUUGACUGCCGACCCCUUGGGUUCAGUAAAAUCCGAUUUUGUGAUCACAAUCCCAAACAACAUACCCAUCACUUCGUGGUAUCCCAACGAUGUGGCCGACAAUACACAGCAGUUAUACUCACUUCAAGUCCGGCUCUCAUUCACCCGACAGUCAGGAAGUGUCGGCUCAGACCAAACGAAUCGGUUUCCAGACCAUAAGUCUGAUGCAGAGCCCGACCCCCGGCGAUGGCCUCACUUCGAGGUAAACGGACACCGGGUGUUCGCCAAAGGGUCCAAUUGGAUACCGGCUAACGUACUCCAGGAGGACCUGACCGAGGCUUACGUCCGGGAUUUGUUGGUAUCUACGGUGUCGGCCAACAUGAAUAUGUUGCGUGUGUGGGGCGGAGGGGUGUAUGAGUCGGACGUGUUUUACGGUAACAACGAGAUUGAGUCUGUCAUCGCGGCAUUUGUCUCAGAUGAGAGACAUAAGCAAAACUACAGGGAGUUGUUUGUGAAACACAUGCAAACACUGGUGACCGCCGGCGACACCAGUCGACCAUUCGUGACCUCCAGUCCAUCAAAUGGGUUAAGGGAUAAGGUGGAGAACUAUACGGCCAAAGAUCCGGGUGAUUUACGGUACGGUGACGUCCACUCGUAUAACUAUAUGUCCCCGCAGUGGGACUCAAGUGUAUACCCGAGGGAUAAGUUUAUCUCAGAGUACGGCCAACUGUCCUACACUUCGCUGGACACCUGGCGGACAGCGUUGCCCGACUCAGACACGACAUACCAGACCAGUUCAAGUGUCCGCCAUAAGAAUCGAUUGGGCGACAGUGUUUUACCACUAUUGGCUCAAAAGGCGUUCACCACUCAUCAGUAUUACACCGAUCUUGACAUGUUGUCGGGCAUUGUGCAGAACGAGGGCACUUCAUUGGCGCAGAUGGUGGCGCCGGGCAUACAAAACAUGACGAUAACUGUCGAAAAAUUUGCUGAAUUAGUAAACGCCUCGAAAGCGCUGUUUUACGGCCUAAACAAGACAACUAUUACCGAGUUUUACGUGAAACACGUCAACAAUAGCGACCCCCAGGCUAUGAGACAGGCCUACUAUGACUACUACGGAGACCUAUUGAUUAAAUGUCCCACAUAUUUGUUUGCCAAAAAGUAUCAAGAGCUCUCUGCGGGCAAAAGUAAUGCUCAUUUCUACGAGUUGACAUACCAGGGCAAGGGUGUGGGUUGGCUGUGCCCGGCCGGCCAGCUAUGUCACGGCGCUGAGGUGCUGGCCGAGGCGUAG